CAGUCAUGUAGCAUCUUGGGGAGGAUACGAUCUAAAUGUACAUUCUUAAAACGCUACUGGAUAAUCACCAUUGGUCAUAUUUGCUAAUAUAAUGGACAGACAACUGACACAAAUUGAGGAAUAGUGAAAUUCUGUUGAUUCUAGUUAUUUAUUCUAAAACAUGGAACAAAGAGGAUGCAGGGCAUGGCGCGAGCGACAGCCGUCGGUCACCUACAUGGUUGCUUUGAUUUUCUUUUGGAGCGGAGCUUCAGCCCAGAUAAGAUAUUCCAUCUCUGAAGAGCUUAAGGAAGGAACUGUCGUGGGGAAUAUAGCUAAGGAUUUGGGAAUAGAUCUGAGCACCUUGAAGGAGAGGGGAUUUCGAAUCGUGUCUGGCUCGACGGAGCCCCUUUUCCAGCUAAACCAGAAUGACGGUAUCUUGUAUGUAACCCGAAAAAUAGACCGAGAAGAGGUGUGUGAACGGAGCAGCGUGUGUUUGAUCAAUCUGAAAACCGUUCUAGAGAACCCGCUGGAGAUCCAUUAUGUCUCAGUGGAGGUGUUAGAUGUUAACGACCAUUCUCCUAGCUUUCCCGAGAAAGAGAAACGGUUAGAGAUUUCAGAAUCUGCGUUACCAGGGGCGCGAUUUCAGCUACAAGCUGCACGUGACCCAGAUAGUGGCCCAUACUCUGUUCAACAAUAUAAACUGAGUAACAAUGAUCAUUUUCGUAUAGAAGUUAAAGAUAGAGGGGAGGACCGUAAAAUGCCUAUUUUGAUUUUACAAAAGCAGUUAGAUAGGGAGUCUGCUAAGGAUCAUAGAUUACUGCUUACAGCCAUUGAUGGAGGAAAACCAGCGAGGUCUGGGACUGUGGAAAUAAUCGUUGAGGUAUUGGAUGUUAAUGAUAACUCACCUGUCUUCACUAAAGACGCAUACUCUGUAAUGCUUGGUGAAAAUUCUCCUGUCGGUGCAACUGUCAUUCAGGUAAAAGCAACCGAUUUGGACGAAGAUGCAAACGGUGAAAUUAUAUAUUCAUUUGGUAAUGGAGUAGAUGACAAGUUACUGCGACUAUUUGGAUUGGAUCCGAAUACUGGUGAACUAACCGUAAAAGGUCUGAUAGAUUAUGAGGUACACAAUAUUUAUGACAUUGAUAUACAGGCAUCUGACAAGGGAACCGUUCCAUUGACAACAGACAAAAGCGUAAUUGUAAAGAUUAUUGAUGUGAAUGAUAAUGCGCCAGAAAUAGAAGUGACAUCAUUUUCGAAGGCAAUCCCCGAAGAUUCCAAACCCGGAACCACUGUAGCACUUAUAAGUGUUAAUGACUUAGACUCUGGUCUUAAUGGGAAAGUUAUAUGUUCUGUAUUGGAAGACUUGCCUUUCAAGCUAAUGUCGUCUUUACAGGAUAACAUGUACUCUGUAGUCACCAAGUCACCACUGGAUAGAGAGAAAGUAUCUCAAUAUGAUCUAACAAUAGUAGCCAAAGACGCAGGCCAGCCGUCUUUGUCAUCUGUAAAGACUAUUAGUGUUGUAGUAUCAGAUGUGAAUGAUAACAGUCCAGAGUUUUCACUGAGCUCCUAUACUUUCUAUGUCACUGAGAAUAACCACCCAGGCGCCUCAGUAUUUUCCGUGAGUGCUUCAGAUCGUGACAUAGAUGAAAACGCACUUAUUUCAUAUCAUAUUCUCAGAGACGGUGGUGACGUGAACAAAUGGGCAUCUUUUCUCAACAUAAAUUCAGAAAAUGGAAACAUUUCCGCUCUAAAAAGCUUUGAUUUUGAAACCCUCAAAACGUUCCAAUUCCAAGUUGUUGCUACAGACUCUGGAAUUCCGUCACUAAGCAGCAACGUCACAAUAAACGUGUUCAUUCUGGAUCAGAACGACAACGCUCCAGUGAUCUUGUAUCCAGUCAGCGCUAACGGUUCCGCUGAAGGUGUGGAGGAGAUUCCCCGCAAUGUGAACGCAGGCCAUUUGGUGACUAAAGACAGAUAAGGACACUUCGGUCAUUCACAGAGACAGACGAGGCUGAGCAUAAACUGGUCAUACUGGUAAAAGACAAUGGGAACGUU